CGCACCAGGCUCUGCGGGAGCACAUUUCAAAUAUAUCUGAUUUUGAUGGCUCGAUCCGUGUUUGUUGAAAGCGCGUGACCCCACAGGCAAAGCUAUUAUCUUCCCCUUCAAACCACGCCAUUCUGCACCAAAUUUGCCCCUUCCGCCAGCCUGAACAACACCACAAAUCUUUUCAGCUCUGCUUUGAUUCACUGCACUGUGAAAUGGGAGAGAAUCAGCGCAUUUAUCCGGCGGAAAAUGAACAGACCAAAGGGAAACCCUCGCCGCCGCCGCCACCGCCGCCCCCAGCCGGAACAUACGUUGUUCAGUACCCCAAGCAGCAGACGCAUAAUGGACCUUCGCAAAGAAGGCGUCCUUUCAGGCCAGAAUAUUUUAGUCCGCCUCGCCGGCGGCGGAAUCACUGCUGCUGCUGCUUUUGCUGGAUUGUUGCUCUGGUGCUUCUCUUACUCCUGAUCGUCGCCAUUGCCGGAGCCGUGCUGUACUUUCUGUACAAACCCCAGGCUCCGAAGUAUGACGUGCAAGGAAUUUCCGUGAAAAGGUUCAGUUUUAGUACGGAUGAAACCCUAAGCGCGCAAUUCGCCGUUACAGUCCGCGCUAGAAACCCUAACAAGAAGAUCGGGGUUUACUACGAGAAGCAUAAUCGGCUGGCGGUUUUAUUUUCCGGACAAGAGCUCUGUUCGGGCGGUUUCCCGGCCUUCUACCAGGGGCACCAGAAUACUAGUGUUUUCAAGGCGACUCUCACGGGGUCCGGGGUUCAAUUCUCGCAGGGGCUGAAAUCGAGCUUGAAUUCGCAGCAGGCUAAAGCGAAGGUGCCGCUCGAUGUAGUAAUUGAUGCGCCUGUCAAAAUUAAGGUUUGGGGAUGGAAAUCGCCAAAGGUUAUUGUCGAUUUGCGCUGUAGAUUGACUGUUGAUAAGUUGGCGGCGAAUCGUGCUGUGAAAAUAGAAGAUAAGAGCUGCAAGGUGGAUGUUAAGCUUAAGCUCUGGAAAUUUACCAUUCCGUAGGUAGAAUUCUGCUUUGCGAUUUGAUUUAUCUAGCUGAGUUUGAGUAGAUUUUGGUGACAUUCUCUCCUGAGAAGGUUUAACAGAUCUUAUUUUAUUUUUAUACGUUUGGGAAUAGUUUCGAUUCAUUUGCCGAUCCGUAUUCCUGUAAUUUUAUUGUUAUCGCCUCGAUGAUAGCAUGAUCAACAGGCUUGCAGUUGCAAUAAGAAGGAAUUCUUUUUAGUUUC